UGAUUGAGCGUCGUCUCGUGCUUCUUUGUCGUCCCAGACGUGAUACUGAUACUGGACGGACAGGCAGAGUGUUUUGGUGAGGCAGUCCCAUUAUUCACGUGUUCUAUCAUUUAAAAACAACAAAUACCAAAUAUCAAUGAUCGUGAUACGCGCGUGUGUACAAUCGAAAUAGUUUCGAGGGCGAUUGUCAAGUUCAAUAAUCCUUAAUUAUGGCCGCCAGAUUCCGGUUAUAUUACGAUCUAAUAUCGCAACCUUGCCGAGCGCUGUAUAUCUUCCUGGAGCAAGCUGAAAUACCGUAUCAGAAAUGUCCCGUUGCUUUGCGCAAAUGGGAGCAUACGUCAGCGGAUUUUUUGCAGAACGUGAACCGUUUUGGCAAGGUUCCGGCUAUUGUUGAGGGGCCCGAUUUCAAGCUGGCCGAAAGUGUCGCCAUUCUGAGGUAUUUAUGCCGAGAGUACAGUAGUUCCGUGGCAGACCAUUGGUAUCCUCGCGACAGUCGACAGAGGGCUAGAGUUGACGAAUAUCUAGAAUGGCAACACGCCAACACCCGGGCCCACUGCACCGGAUAUGUGAGAUACGUAUGGAGAGGCCCUCUCAGAGGGGAAAAGGUGGACAAGCGUGUGGCGGAAAAUAUGAGACUAGAAAUGAUUCGAUGUUUAGAUUUUAUUGAAUCUAAUCUAUUCGAAGAGGGAGGAGACCAGUUCAUAGCAGGAUCGCAGAUAUCGAUUGCUGACCUAGUUGCGGUGUGUGAAAUUGAACAACCAAAGCUUACUGGAUACAACGCACGAAUAGGACGCCCUAAACUGGCCGCCUGGAUGCAACGUGUGAAAGAAUAUACCCAACCGCAUUACGAUGAGGCUCAUAAAGUGCUCAACCAUUUUGCACCUACUGUUACGUAGUGCCUACUUAUAUGAAUACAAUGGAAAGAUGUACAAGCUAAUAUUUGAGGUUGGGAUGGGCUCACCACUGAGCGGAGUAGUGGCGAAUAUUCUAUUAGAACACCUUGAGGAGGUAGUCAUUACUGAACUAAAGACCAAAGGAAUCAAUCUUAUCAUCUAUAAACGCUACGUUAAUGACUGCCUUCUCAUUGCUGAAGAAAAUAGAAUUGAUGAAAUCCAAAACGAAUUUAACAAACCCUUCGAGAGCAUAAAAUUCACAGUUGAUAAAGAAACAAACUGUUCUAUUCGCUUCCUAGACAUGAGUCUCACCAGAAAAAAACAACAAAAUAAACAUCGGUUCACAAAUCAAACGAACGGACGAUACCUAGAUUUCUCAUCCGCCAGUCCUCAUACUCACAAAAUGAACACAGCCAUUGCUUUAAUUGAUCGCGCACUAAAACUAACUGACGUAGAAGAAAGGGUAAAAAGCAUCCAGAAUGUCAAAGGAAUCCUUCUUUCCAAUAACUAUCCAGACAGUUUU